AACUGUAAGCCCAGGGCUGGAGGAAGCCCAUAAGAGGUAUAGUCUGAGUUUUAUAUUAAUCAUAGGUGGCUGUGUUCUGGAAGGCAUUGUUGGCCCAGGCCACCUACAUGAAGAUGAGGGAUGAUGCCCCUCUUUCCUACCAUGAUGGCUUAUGAGGAUGAUUCCUUCAGUAACCCCAAACCUAUUUCCAUUCAGAAGCUGGUUCCAAAACAAGCUUCAGUUCAACACCAAUUUAAGCACUUGCCAGCGCUGCAGCUGCGCUCUGCCACAGAGCGGGCACGGGCUGACCACCAGCUGGAGCAGACCACCCAAUCCCUGAUCCAGGCACUAAACCUGCAGCAAGGGCAUGAGCUGACUGGCAGGCACCAGCAUAAUGCUCACUCUGCAUCACACACUGACCCUGAGCGGGCUCAGAGCGACUCGGAGCUAUCCAGCAUCCUGUCCAAGCAAAGAAAUGAAACAUGCGACUCGAUCCAGCAUAUCCCAACAGCAUCAACGCUCCUCAGUGAACAAGGCACGCAGACGGCGCCGUCGCGGGCCAGUCGGUCGGCCGUCAGCCAGCUACCGUCGCUGCACCUGCUGCGUACCCUGCAGGCGCGUCUGGUGGAGGCGCUGCAGCAGGUGAACGAGCUGCGCUCGCAGGGCCCCUGGCAGGAGCGCGUGCUCGACCAGCUCGACUGGAACCGCAAGCUGCUGCGCAUGGAGGAGUUCCACACCAAGAUCAGUCGUGAGAUGUACAUGCUGACGCGGCAGGUCGAUCUGGUGAUGGAUAAUGUGUGCGGCAUCCCGCAGUCCCGGGUGACGUCAUCCGUCAAAGGUGACGUCAUCCGGAAGCUGGUGCGAGCCCAUCGAUCAGCACUCAGGGUGACACAGGCGUUCGUGCAGAACUACUGGGACGGCUCUCUGGACGGUCAGCAGGCCGCCCGCUUCCUCGAGCUGCUCUCCGUCUGCAGGAACCUGGUCGACAUCUGCGCCCACCUCGGCAUCCGCUUCUCGGACAUCUCCGACAUGCCCGAGCGGCUCGCCUCGCUGGUCGGCCAGCACGUGACCACGGCCGGCGACGUCGGCUCCCUCAUCCGCGAGAUGGCGCUGGGACGCUUCGGCCCGGCAGCCGAGCGGCGCCGUCGUCAGCUGCGGCCGGCAGAGCGGGUCGGCCACUCCGGCGCUCGCCCGCUCCGCCACCACCAGAAGGUCAAGUCGACUAUAGAGCGACUGAUAUCGUCCAAGACUGGUGAAAAGUCGUCGGUGAGAAGCGCCCCACCUGGCCGCAAAGUGAGCCGACCCUCCAGAGGAAGACGGCCCGACUCGGCUCCUCACAGUACACCGAAGGCGCCGCCGGCUCCGGCCCUGACGAGCCGCCCGCCGCUGACGCCGCUGCCGGAGGAGGACGACUCGGGCUCGUCGGCCGCCCCCCGUGACCCGCUGGACGGGCUGGCCGCCGCCGUGGAGCGGGCCGCGGCCGGCGGUGGCGCGACGCUGGACGAGGCGACCCGGAGCCACCUGCGCCAGGUGCUGGCACGGCUGGACGAGAUGCAGAGGGAGCGGGACGUCAUCCGACGCCGCUGGCAGCCGCUCACCGACGCUAGGAGGAGACAAACUGAAGACGAAGACGUGUGCCUCGACCUGGAGCUGGACACCCUCGGGUUGAGCCCGGACCUGACCGCGGCGGACCCGCUCAUCCUGCCGCGCGCGGAGCGUCCGCCGUGGGUCGGGCCUGCGCCGGAGCUGGCGGCGCCGACGGUCGACGCCAGCACGUCGGUCACGUCGCUGGCGGGCCGGCCGCCGGCCGAGGGGCUGCAGCGCAGCAUCCGCCAGCUGUUCGCCGACGAGGCGCUCAGUCCCGGCCUGCGCGGCACGGUGACAGCCGAGCUGCGCCACUUCAUGGCCAACAGCGCCGACGACGCCCUCAAGAGUCUCCCGGAGGCCACGAUACACCAGCUGGUGGACGAGUUCAUCGCAGACGCCGGGGUGGACAUAUUCCUGUACCAGCUGUUCGACCAGGAGUUUGAAUUGCGCUGA